AUGUAUGACGAUGGCAUGGAUUUUACUGGAUUUGGUAAGAGUGUAGCAUGGUUGGAUGGUUACGGUAAUAAGGCAGUUAUUCUCGACAAUCGUUUCACUCGUUCAACUGGGCAAUGGAUUUCAUCUUCUAUUCAACUUUAUGAUAUCGGAUCAGAUGGUUUUUCCAAUAAUACAAAACCAAUUCAUAUCUAUCCAAAUAGUCAACAACAAAAAUUUUCAAUUAUGAGUACAGUAUUUAUUCGUCUUGUCUGUUCCAUUUCAGGUGAUUUGGUUAUUUUUGAUAACUUGGGAAAUCAAGGCAUCAUAUUUUCCGCACCUAAAGGCAAUUAUCCACAUAUAGUCUUAAAUUCAUUCGUGUCGGUCUCCGUUCCUUGCAUUCGAGGUACUCAUCGAGAUUAUCCUGGGAUUGAAUUGUGUACUCCAUGUCCGUAUGGUACAUUUUCAAGUGAUUGUCAAAAAUGUACAUCAAAUAUUUCAUUUUGUCCAUAUGGUAGUAUUGAAGAGCUUCCCUAUUCAACAUUUGAAUCAAUCGAACAAAUACAAGAUUAUCCUGAUUCACCGGAAAGUACUGUAUUCGAUGAUAUACUCAUGCAUAACAUGUUCAUGUUAAAUUGGAGAUCAAGUCAUUGUGCACUAGUAUCACCAAUGACAUGGGUGCUGUUCUGGAUUGGUGGUCUGAUCUCUAUUGCUAUAAUUACACUCGUAAUCUCGGCUUCUACUUUUUCGAGUGCAUUCUAUCGUCAAUAUCCAAUAGAAACUACGACCAGUGAAAGUUCAUUUGCAUGUGAUGUGACCCUGCGCAAUUCAAAAUUUAGUACUACCCUACAAGCUAUGCCUCAAUAUCAUAAUUCAAACAAGCAAAUUCAACCCAUGUUUGACUUACUCAAUGCACAGCAAUUUUAUCUCAAAAUUGAUUUUAUUCAAACAGCAUUCACUUGUCAAGAUUCAUUGACCAUCUAUCGAAUUAUUGAUUAUAUAUUGCAUGUUUUACCAAUAACAAAAUGUGAAACAAGUCAUAACUCAAGCAUCUUGUCUUUAACGAUUGCACUUCCAGCACAAGAAAUUACUAUUCAAAUUAUAUUGCCAGGAGUUCGAACAGUGGGAGCUAUUCGAAUUGGAUUGAUUGGACCAUCAAAUUCUAGUCAAGAUGGCAGGUAUACACUUCUUGAACUCAAUUUUGCGUCAACAUUUAUUCCCUUACUGGUAGAUCAAGUUCUUGCUCGUUCAUCUCUAUUUUCUCUUCAAUUAACUUCAAUUAUCAAUAAAACAGCUUCAUUAUCCGUCGAUGGUUUGACAACGUUUAGUGGCAUUUGGUCAUCAUCGUAUGAUGCCAACACAGGUGAAACAUUUAAUACGGAAAAUCGAUAUACUUUUUUUAAGCGAACACAAACAAGUGUGAAUGUGACUAUUACAAAGACAAUCUUCUAUAUAAGCAAUAUACAGGAACCAAUAGCUAGACAAACAGAAAUUAUAUUUCGUAACUUUUUAUUUGUUAUUCUCGUCUUGGAAGCUUUUGGUCUACUAUUUCUCAUUGUAAAAUUAUUAAUUAGUCCUAUGUUUCGUAGGCUUAUUGAUCGCUGGCAAAAACAUACAGUGGCACCAGAAGAAAACACAAAAACAAACAACCACUUGGAUAUUGUUAAUGUUAGUAAUAUCAAUUGA